AUGGGCGACGAUACGAUCGCACCAGCAGCGUGUUGGGAAAAGGUUUUAUGGAAGAAGCAAGCCUACGAAGAUAACUAUGUUGAUGCUUCGUUUCUGAGUCAGCUACGAACGAAUGCUACGGCAUCAUUUCCCACCUGGGAGUUUAUCAUGUUGUCUUCUCUCAGUAUCGGGCAGAAGUUAUCCAUUGUCCUUCUUUUUGUUGCGAUAUUUGCUCAUCUGUAUAUGGGGCUGUUACAUUCAUCUGCUUUAAUCUGGCUCAGCACGCUAACCACAUUUAUACUGGCUUGUAUGGGAAGUUGCGUGCCGAAGGAAAGCGAGCUUGUCAACGAGGGCAAGUCCAUCGCGCAUACCAUUUCAAGCAUCGUUGUCCUAAUAUUUGCAUUACAGGCCCUGUCUCCUGUCGUGCGCACUUUUAGUGAGACUACAACGGAUGGGAGUGUGUGGGCAUGCGCCGCCAUUCUCUUUGGCGGUCACUUGGCCUUCGCGGACUACUCCAUGUUGCAGGAUCCAAGGUCACGCCUCAGAUCCACCAUAAGUUUAAAUAUGGCCAUGUGUGCCAGCGUUGUUCUUUCCAGUCGACUUACGAUGGAUGCGGACGUGUACGCACUGCUGCUUGUUGCCUUACAAUUGUUUGCCAUAUACCCUCUGCUCCGAGAUCGCGUUUACACGUAUUAUGGCAAUGUGACGACGCGUGAUCAGCGGCAAAUUCCGCGCAUGGUGGUACCUAUAACGUCUCUCUUUGUGUGUGCCAGCAUGUAUGCCAUGUGGCGCGUAAGCCCUGUUGUGGCAGUGUUCCUCGAACCAUGUGCCCUUUUUUUCGUGUGCCUACUAUGCCCUCUGUGGAUGCGGCGAGCACAGAGAUGGAAGACCGAAAUGCGUGGUCCUUGGGAUGAGGCUGUGUUAGUGCCGCCUCCCUUGCAGCGCGUUGACAGCGCGUGUGGAGUCCGUCUUGGCUGA